UUCACUGUGAAGGCUGGGCACUGGUGCAGGAGGACCCGGGGCCCCGCGGUGGCUGAGAGACGAGGCGCGACUCUUUACUUAUGGCUCUUUUCUAGGACCAUUUCAUUUCCAUCAUCACUCGGCAGCGUGGAUCAUUAAAAAAAAAAACAAGUCAUCAGAAGUCGCCCGGUAGAUCUGUUGACUUGUGGGCGCCCGACUAUGGAGAUGCAAAGGUGCUCCACAAGGUGGAAAACGAAACGGUGGCUUAUGGACUCCACUGUGACCGCAGUCAUCACUUUAACUCUGGUUCUACAAGCGACCAGUGUCCGGGCAGCAGAUCCGGUGGAUGUGCUUAAAGUAUUAGAUUUUCAAAGUACCCCAGAAGGAGUGACAAAAGCAUCAGGAUUUUGCAUGAACCGAAGAGCAUCGAAGCCAGACACAGCAUACAGAGUCUCCAAGAAGGUCCAGAUCAGCGCGCCCACCUCGCAACUGUUCCCUGGAGGUGUUUUCCCCGAGGACUUCUCCAUCUUGACCACAGUGCGCCCCAAGUCCGGCCUCCAGUCUUUCCUACUGUCCAUUUACAAUGAGCAGGAUGUCCAGCAGCUGGGCGUGGAACUGGGACGCUCACCUGUCUUCCUGUACGAGGACCAGACCGGCAGACCAGCGCCCGAGGAGUACCCACUGUUCCCAACACUCAACCUCGCUGACGGAAAGUGGCACCGUGUAGCCAUCAGCGUGGAGAACCAGACGGUCACUUUCAUUGUGGAUUGCAAGAAGAAACUAUCCAAUCCCCUCCCGAGGAGUGAGCAGAGCUCCAUCAGCACCAACGGCAUCACUAGGUUUGGUACCAGGCUUCUUGAUGAGGAGUAUUUCCAGGGUGACAUCCAGCAACUUCUGAUCGUGGCUGAUCCCACGGCAGCGUAUGACUACUGUGAACAUUACAGCCCGGAUUGUGACACCCCCCACGGUGAAUCCCUGCAGGCUCAGCAGGCAGAGGAUGAGUACACUACUGACGACUUAGAUUACUCUCCGUUCUAUGAUUACUCUGAGGGAGCGACAGACACCGCUCCGACCGAUGAGUAUUCUGAACCGCAGCUAAACAAUGUAGGAGAUUACAAUACAGACAUUGACUACGGAACUGUAGAUGAUACUCAAAGUCAGUCCCCCUUUGGCACGAACGGACCAUAUGAGGCUGUGGAGGAGGAUGUUGUCGGAGAUUAUUACACCGAUGCCACUCCCAUUGCUCUGGAGCCCACCGUUUUCCCAGAAACAGUGGACAGCACUGGUGCAGAUUCAUAUGACUUUAAGGAAUAUGAUCUUAAGGAAUAUGACUUGGGGGCGAUUGACAACAGGUUGUAUGAUUAUGGGACUUAUGACGAGUAUGGUAAAGCCGACCAAAAACCCACUGACGAUGAGGUGGGGCCUGGGGUCGCAGCUGAGACCGACGUAUCCGAGAGCACCGUUGCUGGAGCUGCUGGAGCACUCGGUCAGAAGGGUGAAAAGGGCGAACCGGCCGUGAUCGAACCUGGAAUGCUGAUAGAAGGACCACCCGGACCCCCUGGCCCCGCUGGUCUUCCUGGACCUUCUGGACUUCAGGGGCCUCCAGGCACUGCUGGAGAUCCUGGUGAAAGAGGUCCCCCAGGUCGUCCCGGACUUCCUGGUGCUGAUGGUGUACCAGGCCCACCAGGUACCAUGCUGAUGCUGCCAUUCCGCUUCGGGGGUGAUGGUGAGAAGGGUCCGGUGGUGUCCGCCCAAGAAGCCCAAGCUCAGGCAAUCCUCUCCCAGGCCAGACUUGCCAUGAGGGGGCCACCGGGGCCAAUGGGAUUGACCGGAAGAUCAGGACCUGUGGGUCUUCCUGGUGCCUCCGGACUGAAAGGUGACAGCGGCGACCACGGUCCUCAGGGUCCACGUGGCGUUCAGGGACCUGCAGGACAGCCUGGAAAAGCUGGCAAGAGGGGUCGUGCUGGAGCCGAUGGCGCCAGAGGGAUGCCUGGCGAGCCCGGAACCAAGGGUGACCGAGGCUUUGAUGGACUUCCUGGACUGCCUGGUGAAAAAGGACACAGGGGGGAGCCAGGUCCGAUGGGACCCGUGGGUGCUCCAGGAGAGGACGGUCAGAGAGGGGAGGAUGGAGAGAUCGGGCCCCGAGGACUGGCUGGCGAGAGUGGGCCGAGAGGUUUGCUCGGACCUCGGGGUCCCCCAGGACCUCCAGGAUCUCCAGGUGUGGCAGGAGUGGAUGGUCCUCCCGGUCCUAAAGGAAACAUGGGACCACAAGGAGAACCAGGCCCACCUGGUCAGCAGGGAAUCCCUGGAACACAGGGUCUUCCUGGUCCCCAAGGUCCGAUAGGACCACCUGGUGAAAAGGGACCUCAAGGCAGAUCUGGCUUGCCUGGGUUACCUGGAGCUGAUGGACCCCCGGGUCAUCCUGGCAAAGAGGGGCCACCUGGAGAGAAGGGAUCUCAAGGUCCUGUGGGUCCGCAGGGUCCCAUCGGUUAUCCUGGCCCUCGUGGUGUCAAGGGUGCUGAUGGAGUUCGUGGACUGAAGGGCUCCAAGGGAGAGAAGGGGGAGGACGGUUUCCCAGGUUUCAAGGGGGACAUGGGAAUUAAAGGAGACCGGGGUGAGGUCGGCACGCUGGGCCCUCGUGGAGAGGACGGUCCUGAGGGUCCGAAAGGUCGGGCAGGACCCAAUGGAGAGUCAGGUCCUGCUGGUCCCGCUGGAGAGAAGGGUAAACUUGGAGUCCCAGGAUUGCCCGGCUACCCAGGAAGACAAGGACCAAAGGGCUCGAGUGGUUUCCCUGGAUUCCCAGGAGCCAACGGAGAAAAAGGAGCCAGGGGUGUUGCAGGCAAAGCUGGACCAAGAGGUCAAAGAGGUCCCACGGGUCCUCGCGGCGCUCGAGGAGCAAGGGGUCCAACAGGAAAACCAGGUCCAAAGGGAACAUCUGGAAACGAUGGUCCACCAGGCCCACCAGGAGAGAGAGGACCUCAAGGCCCCCAGGGUGCAGUUGGUUUCCCAGGACCCAAAGGACCACCUGGCCCCCCAGGGAAGGACGGACUGCCUGGACACCCUGGUCAGCGUGGCGAGACAGGUUUCCAAGGAAAAACUGGACCACCAGGCCCAGGAGGCGUCGUCGGACCUCAGGGACCCACCGGUGAGACCGGACCCGUUGGUGAAAGAGGGCACCCUGGACCUCCUGGCCCACCUGGAGAACAAGGUCUUCCAGGAGCUGCUGGUAAAGAAGGCGCUAAGGGAGACCCAGGACCACAGGGGUCCCCCGGCAAAGACGGUCCCCCCGGUCUGCGUGGCUUUCCUGGAGAGAGAGGUCUUCCGGGCGCUACGGGCCCUGCAGGUCUGAAGGGAGGAGAGGGACCUCAAGGUCCACCUGGACCUGUCGGUUCCCCUGGUGAGCGAGGGCCUGCAGGUACAGCGGGUCCAAUUGGUCUUUCUGGUAGACCUGGCCCUCAGGGGCCUCCAGGUCCCGCUGGGGAGAAGGGAGCACCUGGAGAAAAAGGACCACAAGGCCCAGCUGGUCGUGACGGUGUCCAAGGUCCCGUAGGUCUGCCUGGGCCUGCCGGACCACAAGGUCCACCCGGAGAGGACGGUGAUAAGGGAGAGGUGGGAGAGCCUGGCCAAAAGGGAAGCAAAGCUGACAAAGGAGAGCAGGGUCCUCCCGGACCAGCUGGUCUUCAAGGUCCAAUCGGUGCCCCUGGUCCAGCGGGAGCCGACGGAGAGCCUGGUCCCAGGGGUCAGCAGGGAAUGUUUGGACAGAAAGGAGAUGAAGGUUCCAGAGGCUUCCCCGGACCUCCCGGCCCUAUUGGUCUCCAGGGACUUCCAGGACCCCCUGGUGAGAAGGGAGAGAACGGCGACGUCGGCCCCAUGGGUCCUCCUGGUCCUCCGGGCCCCAGAGGUCCUCAAGGUCCUAGUGGUGCUGAUGGUCCACAAGGUCCUCCAGGUGGUGUCGGUCCAAUGGGAUCGGUGGGGGAGAAGGGCGAGCAAGGUGAAGCCGGAAACCCAGGACCACCAGGAGAAUCUGGAACCGGAGGACCUAAAGGUGAGAGGGGUGAGAAAGGAGAGGCGGGACCCCCAGGAGCUGCUGGACCUGCUGGUGCUAAAGGACCCCCUGGAGAUGACGGUCCCAAGGGCAACCCCGGUCCCGUUGGAUUCCCCGGAGACGCAGGCCCUCCUGGAGAGCCAGGUGUUGCUGGCACGGAUGGAGAAGCAGGAGAGAAAGGAGAUGACGGAGAAGCUGGCCAGCCGGGUCCUCCAGGUCCAUCAGGAGAAGCUGGACAACCUGGACCUCCAGGCAAGAGAGGACCUCCGGGUGCCGCUGGUGCAGAAGGCAGGCAAGGAGAGAAGGGAGCAAAGGGUGAAGCUGGUUCUGAAGGUCCAGCAGGCAAAACAGGACCAGUUGGGCCUCAGGGACCCUCUGGAAAACCCGGACCGGAGGGGCUUAGAGGAAUCCCUGGCCCUGUUGGUGAACAAGGUCUGCCCGGUGCUCCAGGACAAGACGGCCCACCUGGUCCCAUGGGUCCUCCUGGUCUCCCUGGUCUGAAAGGUGAUCCUGGCUCUAAGGGUGAAAAGGGUCACCCAGGUUUGAUUGGUCUGAUCGGGCCCCCCGGAGAACAAGGAGAGAAAGGAGACAGAGGGUUGCCUGGUCCUCAGGGUUCACCUGGCGGCAAGGGCGAUAGUGGUAUCAGUGGAGCUUCAGGUCCUCUUGGUCCCCCCGGGCCUCCUGGUCUCCCCGGUCCUCAAGGUCCCAAGGGAGCCAAGGGCUCAGCUGGUCCAGCAGGUUCUAAGGGAGACACUGGUGUGGUCGGUCCCCCUGGUCCACCUGGUCCACCAGGCGAGGUGAUCCAGCCUCUGCCUGUCCGCUCUCCCAAGAAGACUAAGCGCUCCGUCGACAUGCAGUCGGACGGAACCAUGAUGGAUUAUGGCGAAGGCAUGGAGGACAUCUUUGGCUCGCUCAACAACCUCAAGCAGGACAUCGAGAGAAUGAAAUAUCCCAUGGGCACACAGAACAACCCGGCCAGAACGUGCAAAGAUCUGCAGCUCUGCCAUCCAGAGUUCCCAGACGGCGAAUACUGGAUCGACCCAAACCAAGGCUGCUCUGGGGAUUCCUUCAAAGUCUACUGUAACUUCACCGCUGGGGGGGAGACCUGCAUCUACCCCGAUAAGAAGUCCAACGGAGUCAAACUGUCCUCGUGGCCAAAGGAGAUCCCGGGGUCGUGGUUUAGUGAAUUUAAGCGCGGUAAAAUGCUCGCCUACGUGGACUCAGAUGGCAACUCGAUAAACAUGGUGCAGAUGACCUUCCUCAGACUACUGACCGCCUCGGCUCGGCAAAACUUCACCUACACCUGCCACCAGUCUGUGGCCUGGCACGACGCCGCCAACGACAAUUAUGACAAGGCGCUGCGCUUCCUGGGCGCCAAUGACGAGGAGAUGUCGUACGAUAACAACCCGUACAUCAAGGCCCUCUCCGACGGCUGCGCGACGAGGAAGGGCAACGGAAAGACUGUGAUGGAGCUUAACACUCCCAAAAUUGAUCAGGUUCCGAUCAUCGACGUCAUGUUGACUGACUUUGGGGAUCCCAGCCAGAAGUUUGGGUUCGAAGUUGGCCCCGUCUGCUUCCUUGGUUAAAUUAAAUAUGUCAAAGAAAGAGAAAGGACUUGAUGGGGUCAGCAAAGAGAGUCAAGUUGAGACGUUUUUGGGUACCACCACCCCCCUAUUUCAAGCCCCCCCACCACCCUUUUCUGUGCCACAUGCAAGUUUUGAAUAAGAGAUGGUCUUUCCAUGUAUGUCAACCCAGGAGAAUAUUUGUUGCCCUUGUAGGGCUCGAACCACAUGACCUAACCACAUCUCGGAGCGAACAGAGAAGGACAUUUGAACGCGUGGCAGAGGAGGGUGAAUCCGAGGACACCCGGAGAGGCGACCUCUCCGGAGCCUCCUGGUGCUGAACGAAAAAAAAAAAAAAAAAAAACAACUUCAAUGGUGCUUGUUCAGAACUCCAAGUAUAUAGAGGUGCUAAGACAAGAAGGUGUAUUUUGAUAUUAAUAAUAUUAAAAGAAUAAACUGUAAUUAUUUUGUACAAUACUGUUAUUUCUGAAUCCGCUUUCAAAACUUGCAUGUGUAUCGAAUUAGAUCCUGGCUCUUUAAUCUCAACGUUGGUUCAAAGAUUCACAGUGUAAGUUCACGGAAUGAUUUCAAAACCAAUAAAUUUCCCACGACGACUGUGUUCCUGUCAUGAAGCAAAUAAAGUGAGCAUUGAAACGAUCCUCCAUUGCCACAUUCAGACGUCGGCUUUUGUAUAUAUAUAUCGACACUCCAAAGCUUUGCUGUUUUCCCGCGUGCACGUAGGUGAACCAUCUGCAGUGUCGCACCAGCAACAUCUCCCACUAAUGUUGUGAUCCAGUGCUCGUAGGAAGCAAUCACGGCGUUCAUUUCUUAAUUUAAUUCUAUUUGUUGUUGUUGUUGACAGGCUUUUUAUUUUGGUUGUAUACCUCAGAUUUUCUUGGUAACCUUUAAAGAUGCAAGGAUGUAAUGCCCUGUAUAUACCUUGGUUAAACAAUUCAGUUUAUAUAUUUUGGGUGGGGAUUUUUUAAAGAGAGAAACUGCUAGACAUCCACUGUUCAGAUCCCUCUGUGAAUGCAUUGAGAAGCCCUGUAGGUGACCCAUUUUUGUAACUAAGAUGUUUUAAUGUGCUUUUUAUAGUUCAAUUAAAUAUUAAAACUGGAUUCCAAACA